AUGUCAACUCUUUUAUCCUUGGAUUCUGAUGCCAAUACCGUCAAUUUCUCCACCAUUACAUCCUACCCCAUCCCGCAUGCCUCACUCACCAACAAACCAACCUUCCCGAUACGCCCACUUCUCCCGGUAAACCCACCGCCGAUCUCGUUGACCACUACAGACCUCCCGGGCUUGCCAUCCCCCGAACGCGACUCGACUAACGAGCCGUUUCUUAUUUCCACCCAUAUUAUCCCCGGUGCUUGGCCAAGGAGCACUCCGUACGUUCCAAUCCCCUUCACGGGUGAUUAUGGCGGCUCCAAGGAAGGAAAGAAGCAGGCCGCGAUAGAAAUGCAGAAGUAUAUUGCCAGAGUCCGAACUGAGGUUGCUGCCCCGAAGCCCGAGGAAAACAGCUAUCAAGGACGUGAGGCAUUGUUGUGGAUUGUCGCUAACCGCUACGUCAAGAAGGGUCCAAAGGAUGGAAGCGGAUUGACUCUCCUCUUUGUGCACGGGAAUGGAUUCAAUAAAGAGACAUGGGAUGCAACUCUCCGCUAUAUCUUCACAUCCACUUCGUCCUGUGAUAUUGCCGAAGUCUGGUCUUACGAAGCCGUUCAAACUGGCGACUCCGCAUUGCUGAACAAGGGAAAGGUCGGCCUAGUCUAUGACUGCAGGGACAAUUCCCGCGAUAUUGUCAACUUCCUCACGUACUUCCUAGCGGAGAGUCCUUUGGACACCCCUCCAACUCACAUACCACAGGUCAGUGCGGCAGAGUCCGAAUAUCGCCAGAAGUAUGGAUUCAAGCAUCGCAAACUUGUGGGCGUCGGCCACUCAUUCGGCGGGUUGACCAUGACACUGGCUGCGUUGAUCAACCCGGCAUUGUUCUCUUCUCUCAUCAACGUGGACGCGACUAUAGUCUCUCCACUGUGCUAUGAAUUGACCAAGAAUCCAUACGUCCCCGAUACGGCUUUGGGAAUUCUCCUCAGACGCGACAGAUGGGACUCCAGGGAGGAAGCGAAGGCUUUGAUGCUCAAGAACCCCUUCUUUCAGUCUUGGCACCCAGAUGUAUUGCAGUCUUAUGUUGACCACGGGCUUUACACAUACGCCAUCCCAUCCUUCCCAGGGGGCAACCAGAGGGCCGAACGGCAAGUAUUACUACUCAAGAUGCCGCCCGUGGAGGAGGCGUCAACAUUCACUGAUGUCCCUACAUUCUACGAGGUCUGGCAGAGGAUGAAAGACGUCGACGAAAGGAUUCCCAUGUUCUGGAUUAUGCCCAAGCCAGAGACGACAGCGCAAGUUGAUCGCGUUUUCGGUGGUCCUCUUGAAGCCCAAUUACGUGUCUGGCGUCGCAGAAAGAACUCCUCAAACGUCAUUAUCAACUCGGAUGGUCAUUUUGUGCCUCAACAGGCUCCUGGAGAAUGCGCGGAUGCAAUAAUGGGCUUCUUGCAGAAGCAGUACUAUUCCGCCAAGAGCAAGCUUUGA